AUGAUGAUGUUUAACGAGAUGGGUAUGUAUGAAAACAUGGAUUUCUUCUCUCCCACACCUCUAGGAGAAAUCGAUGUGUGUCCAUUGCCACAAGCUGAACAAGAUCAUCCAGUGGUUGAAGAAGAUUACACAGAUGACGAGAUCGAUGUUGAUGAGCUUGAGAGGAGGAUGUGGAGAGACAAAAUGCGUCUGAAACGUCUCAAGGAGCAGCAGAGCAACAAGUGUAAAGAAGGAGUCGACGCUUCGAAGCAGAGGCAGUCACAAGAGCAAGCUCGGAGGAAGAAAAUGUCUAGAGCACAAGAUGGGAUCUUGAAAUACAUGUUGAAGAUGAUGGAAGUUUGUAAAGCUCAAGGCUUUGUUUAUGGUAUCAUCCCUGAGAAAGGCAAACCAGUGACUGGUGCUUCGGACAAUCUCCGGGAAUGGUGGAAAGAUAAGGUCAGGUUUGAUCGUAAUGGUCCUGCAGCUAUAGCCAAAUACCAAGCGGAGAACAAUAUUGCAGGAGGGAUGGGAAGCGGAUCGCUUCUCAUCAAUGAUUGUAGCGAGUAUGAUGUUGAAGGUUUUGAGAAGGAACAACAACCGAGUUUCGAUGUUGAAGAGGGAAAACCAGAGAUAGUGAUGAUGAAUCCUGCAACAAGCUUUGGGGUUGGUAAAAUGCAAAUGCAGCAACGUUUUCCUGUUAAAGAGGAAGUUGCAGCCACCAUGGGAAACUUUGAAUUCGCGAGGAAGAGAAAGCCGGGCAAUGAUCUGAACGUUAUGUUAAUGGAUAGACCAAGUUUCACUUGUGAGAAUGGUCAGUGUCCUCAUAGCAAAAUCAAUCUUGGAUUCAAUGACAGGAGCUCAAGGGACAAUCAUCAAAUGAUUUGUUCAUACAGAGACAAUCGCUUAGUGUAUGGAAUGAGACCAGUACAGUCACAAACCUUUCCUCAGUUAGUCCAACCUAUCGACCUAUCAGGCUUUGGAGUUCCGGAAAACGGACAGAAGAUGAUCACCGAGCUAAUGUCCAUGUACGAUAGAAAUGUCCAGAGCAAUCAAAACACGACCAAUGAUGCAAAAGAAGCUCAGAAUAAUCAAGAACAUCAGCUUUUCAACCGGAAUCAGAUGUUUAUGCAACAAGGGAACAGUGGGAUUCAAAUGGUGUUUGAUUCGACACCGUUUGAUAUGGCAUCAUUUGAUUACAGAGAUGAUUGGCAAGCUGGAGUUAUCGAAGGAAUGGGAAAGCAGCAGCAAGAUGUAUCAACAUGGUUUUGA